ACACAGCUGAUACCUGGGGCAAGCUUCCAGUUUCAUCAGAUGCUGCACAAACAAACAUCACCACAUCACUAAGCUUACUUAGAUGACUCAUUUGAGAACAUACUGUAAUUGCACAGGUGUAUCAAAAAGAGAUGUCACUACUGAAGCAAGAUUUGUUGAUUCUGCACACCACCACCCACCAAGCAAACUAAUCAUAAAAGGAAGCCGUCUCACAGCAGUGUAACAAGUCACUUUGGUCCUACAGAGGGCACGACAUAGCUGCAAGCUCGAGAGGAGAUAAGAGAAGUCACUGGAGCUAAUAAGGAGCUGCCUGGACACCACCACUAUCAGUGUCUGCACUGCCAAUAACUGGCUUCCUUUUUUCCAGGUAUAGAUCAAACCCAUCAGGAAAUAUGACAUUUGAUGAAGAUUACAGUUGCCUAGUUCAUGGUGUUGGUUUCCUGGAUUUCACUGGAAACCCCUUUCCUUGUAAAUUGCUGAUAACAGGAGACACUGCAUUCCCUGUGGUGGUCACUCCUAGAAAGGAUGUGCUCGUUGCUGCCGCUCGAUAUGGAAAAGGAAGGAUGGUGGUCAUGGCUCAUGAGAGUUACCUGAACAUGAAGGAGUUUAAGGACUUUUUACAAAAUGUAAUAGCCUGGCUUUGCCCAACCCCUGAUUCUAUCAUUGGGAUACACAACAAACUACAUCUAAUUGCUGAGAUUAUCAGUACUGCUGGUCACAAAAUUAAAAAAACUAAUAGCUUGAUUGAGGGCCUGGGAGUGUUCUGUACCAAUGGUUAUGAUGACAGCCAAGCUCAGCAGAUCAUUUCAUUUGUGCGAGAGGGGGGAGGCCUGCUGAUUGGAGCUCAGGCUUGGUCAUGGUGUCAAGCUCACAAACAGGAAAAUGUUCUACACAAUUUUCCAGGAAACAAAAUAACAUCUGUUUCUGGGGUGUACUUCAUCAGCGGCACUGGAGAGAAAGGAAAAUUCUCUUUGACUGAAAAUAUGCCAUGGAGUUCCAUAUACACACAUUUUGACUUCUCAGUGGAUCUCAAGCAUCUCUUGGAUGGUGUAUCGAAUUUUGAAAUUGUUGGGCAGACAGUACCUUCAGAUUUACUCCUUCAUGGGACAUUAACAUUUCCAAUUGGGCAAACUGACAACAAACAGUGUUUUCUAGCUGGUGCCUAUUAUGGCAAAGGGCGUGUACUUGUGGCAGCUCAUGAGAGUUUCCUCACCAAGCCAGAACUAAAAACUUUCAUUCUAAAUGCGCUUUCAUGGCUUGAUCUAGGCCAGAAAAGAAAAAUUGGUGUUCACAAAGACCUGGGAAACUUUGCUGAGUUUUUGCAGAAUGAAAACAUCUCCUGCCAGGUAUCUGACUUCACCUCUGAGAUGAGUGUUUACUGCUGCCAGUCCUUUAGCAAUAAUGAAGUGGAUGAUAUCCAUCAGUUUGUUGCAGAAGGGGGUGGUCUCUUCUUUUCUAACCAUGCCUGGAAUUGGUCCUAUCAAAAUGUGGACAAAAAUGUCCUCAUUGACUACCCAGGAAACAAAGUACUGAAUAAGUUUGGCAUUAGUGUCCUGGAGAGAACCAUCCCUCAAGGCAAUUAUAAGGCAGCUUAUUCUGGUGGUGCUGCUAACCAGUAUCACUUCCUUGAAACCAUUUCACAGCUGAAAAUUCAAGAUGAGCCAAAAGUUCAGUUAAGCACCUGGCUCUUUAAACUCACACUGGAUAUCAACGCUUUCAAAAAGCUUCCAGUUUGUCCACUCAAUACUGCUUUUCAGUUACAGUAUAAAGAAUUAUUGGAAGAUUGUGAUACUUCUAAGACUAGCAAGCCAAAGCACAAAACUAGCAGUGCCAAACAGGCAUUAAUCCUGUGCUUAACACAUGAAGCUGAAGUCCUGGGGCAGGAGCGGGACCUAAAUAAUUAUGUGGAGAAGGAACCUUCAAUCACAGUGCAGAUUGAUGCUACAAACCCAGGUAAAAAUACCCACAGAAUCACUGGUCUCUACGUAGAUCCUAAAAAGAUGGCAGUUCUUGAGUUUCCAGAUUCAGCUGUUCAUCAGGGUCUUCAGGUGCAAAUUGGAUGCCAUUCGGAUAGUGUGUAUGCUGAAGAAUAUUGUCAUGCUCCCGUCAUGCACACAAUAUAUGUUCUUGAUCAGAGGGUUCCAGUAUCCUGUUUAUGGGGUGGCCCCCUACACAUAAUUGUGAAGGCUAAAAGCAACUUGGGUAAAAUCGAUGUAAAGGUUUAUGGAGCAGUACCAACCUCAACUGCUGUAAAGAAAAAAAUUACUCCUAAUGAAGAUUACCAAUUUCUGAUCCGUGGUGUUGGCUGUUUGGAUUUCUCUGGGGAUGCUACACCCUGCAAGCUGCUGCUAACAGGAAGUGCUGCACUUCCUGUAUUAGUGACUCCUAGAAAUGAUGUGCUCAUCGCUGCCUCUCGUUAUGGAAAAGGAAAAUUGGUGGCAAUCGCCCAUGAAAAUUAUCUGAACAUGAAAGAGUUUAUGGUUUUUAUUCAAAAUGCAGUAUCCUGGCUUUGUCCAAAUUCAGAAGCCAUCAUUGGGGUACACAGUUCCUUUGGGCAGCUAUCUGAAACACUCAGUGUCUCUGGCCAUAAAGUCCAAAUCAGUUCAAGCCUGACUGAGGGCCUGGGAGUGUUCUGUACUAGCGGAUAUGAUGACAGCCAGGCUCAGGAGAUCAUCUCCUUUGUGCGACAGGGGGGAGGCCUGCUGAUCGGGGCUCAGGCUUGUGAAUGGUCCAACUGCCACACAGAUGAAAAUGUCCUUCAGCAUUUUCCAGGAAACAAAAUAGCAUCUGUUUCAGGAGUGUACUUCACUAAAGGCUAUGGAGAAAAGGGAACUUUCAUUUUGAGUGAAGAUAUGCCAUCAUGUCCUAUAUAUACAGAUUUAAACUCAUCGAAGGACCUAAAACAUCUCCUGAAUGGUGUGCCACAAUUUGACAUCAGUGGGUCGACUGCCCUUUCAGAUCUUCUCCUCCAUGGAGCUUUGUCAUUUCCAAUUGGAUUAACUGACAAGAAACAAUGUUUUCUGGCAGCUGCAUAUUAUGGCAAAGGACGUGUGGUGGUGGCCACACAUGAAGGUUUACUCUUCAAACCAGAGCUGACAACAUUUAUCCUGAAUGUCCUGUCUUGGCUAGAUGAUAGACCGGACAGAAAAAUUGGUGUUCAUAAAAACUUGGGAAAACUUACUGAGCUUUUAAAAAAAGAAAACAUCCCCUGUAAUAUAUCUAACUUAGUCCCUGAUCUAGGUGUCUACUGCUGCACAUCCUACAGUGAUGCAGAAGCAAAGGCCAUCCAAGAGUUUGUUGCAGAGGGGGGAGGACUUCUUAUUGCUGGCCAUGCAUGGUAUUGGUUUUCUCAGAAUCCAGACUGUAAUGUCCUUACACACUACCCUGGAAACAAAAUCCUGAACAAAUUUGGUAUCAGUAUUUUGAAUAACAGGAUCCCUAAAGGUAGUUAUAAAUCUAUCAAUCCUGAUGAAGACAUUGAUCAGUAUAACCUUCCAAAAGCAUUUUACCAUCUAAAGAAUGAAUUGCAGAAUGAGUCUGAGUUAAAGCUGGCCCUGGCUGCUUGGUUGUUCAAAAUCAGACAGGACAUCCCUCAUUUUCUGAAGCUCCCAGCUAAACCUGUCACUAGAUCUAUACAGAGUGAUUUUUUAGAUGUGAUGCAGUCAUGUGCUGUACCUGAUGUCAGCAAGCAGUCUCCUGUAAAUAGCUGCUCCAAACAGGGGUUAAUCCUGUGUUUAACCAAUGAUUCUUAUGUCAUGAGCCAAAUGAAUGACCUAGUAAAGAAUCUGGAGCAGGGAGAUUCAGUCACAGUGGAGAUUGAUGCUACAAACGCAGGUACUGAUGCCUGGAGAAGCACUGGCCUCUACUUAGCUCCUAAGAAGGCAGCAGUUCUUGAGUUCCCUGCCUCAGCGGUGAAACAAGGUUUUCAGGUGCAGGUUGGCUGUCAUUCGGAUGACCUGAGCUCUAAGGAUGAGUAUUGUCGUGCACCCAUUGUUGUGCACAAAACGUAUGUUAUUAGUGAGAAGGUUUCAGUGUCCUGUUAUUGGGGAGGACUUCUGUACAUCAUUGUAAAAGCUAAAAGCAACUUGGGUACAAUACCAGUCAAAGUAUAUGGAACAGAACCAGCCCCAACCUUUAUAAAGGGUAAAACCAGUCUUGCAAACUGGAGAGAAUCAAUCUGCAAUUUGCCUGCUCCGUGGGCUGAGCUGAUUACAGAAAACAUUAUCUUGACCAUACCCUCAGAUGCUAUUCGCUCACUAAGUGACCCAGAAGCCCUGCUGUCUCUUUGGGAUAGGAUGAUGGUCGCUGUUACUGAGCUUGCAGUCAUUCCUGCAAAACUUCCACGACCAGAGAGAUUUGUAACAGAUGUGCAGCUUUCACUUGGUUGGAUGCACUCUGGUUACCCGCUAAUGUGCCAUGUUCAAUCUGCUAAAGAAUUGACUGAUGCUGAUGCUAUUCAGAGAACUGGAAUCUGGGGGGCAAUCCACGAGCUUGGACACAAUCAGCAGCAAUCGAAUUGGGAGUUCCCACCCCAUACCACAGAAGCCACGUGUAACCUUUGGUCUGUGUAUGUGCAUGAAACAGUUCUGGGAAUCCCACGGAAUCAAGCUCACCCCCAACUAAAGCCAGAAAACAGGACAUCACGUAUCCAAAGUUAUUUGCAGGAUGGAUCCAAUUUAAAGGAAUGGAGCAUGUGGACAGCAUUGGAAACCUAUCUACAGUUGCAAGAAGGCUUUGGCUGGGAACCAUUCAAGCAGCUAUUCAAAGAUUACCAGAGCAUGUUGGGCAUCAGAAAUGAAAACAAAUUUAAGAUGAACCUGUGGGCGGAGAAGUUCUCUGAAGCUGUGCAAACCAAUCUUGUUCCAUUCUUUGAGUCCUGGGGCUGGCCCAUUGAGGAAGCAACUCGCAGUAAAUUGUCUGCAUUACCUGUAUGGGAGAAGGAUCCCAUGAAGUCCUAUCUUAGUGCAAUUAAAUCAUAAUCAUAUGCUACAUUAUAAUUACUAUUUUGUCUGAACUUCUAUUCAAGUUUUCUGCCUAAAAUAAUGAUACAUUUGGGAUUAGUUUAAAGCCCUCUCCACAUGCUGGGAGAUGCUGGCCAAAUUAUAUAGUUUGCUAACCUUAAUGGGGUAGUUCACCUUUGUAUUAACUUUUUGUAUGAUGUAGACAGUGCUAUUGUGAUUGCAGUGGGUCUUAAAUAAAACAUUAAGGGGCCGAUUCACUAAAGGUCAAUAAAGUAAGUGCUAUUGAUAGCAUGCCUUAAAAAUUU